UUCCACUGCUCGAUGGGUAUUACGGUAUUACCGGACUCUGUUGCAAAAAACUCUGCAUAAUAUGAUUGUUGUUGUCGAAGAGGCUGCAUAAUGUUCUGUUUUCACAUGAUGGAAGUAACUUCAUGUGCAGGAAGCUGGAGAGAUCCUCUCGAAUAUGAAUCAUCCAGCCGGGGAUUGUCCACUGUGUCUGUAUCCUUUAGUCUCAGAGAAUAAUCAUGAUUCUGCUUUGCCAUUUAUGAAGUUGAUGUCAUGCUACCACUGUUUUCACAGUGACUGUAUUAUGAGAUGGUGGGGCUGGCUCCAGCAUGAUGAUGCCAAUUCUAAGAAGAUAGACACAACAAUAUCUACCGAAGAAGGAUUGAGAUUGUCCAACUCAGACAAGCUAUUUAGUGCAAAUCAUCACAAAGGAUUUUGUCCAGUUUGCCGCAAAGUGUUUGAUGAAAAGGACAUUGAGCAUGUUCGUGAUCUGUUGGAUGCAAACACUUCUCAGCUGAUGGCAUGUUUAACAGUUGACCUGGGAGUAGAUGAUAAAGAGUUGCUCCAUUCCGAGGCAGAGAAGAAGAGGAGAGAAAAAUUUGGGUCAUUGUUUAAUCUGCAACAAGAACGGAAUGGUUUAAUUGAACCAAAGAAAGACCUUGCCAUACAGCCCGGAAUGUAUGUUUCUCUUCCUGCUAGUGAGCCAACCACAAGUGCAGGAGACAGCACCAAUUCUUGGGAAGCAACCGCAAGCUCAACUUCAGAAACAGAUCCACCCGGCAUGGCAAACAUUAGCGGCGGCGGCAAGAAGGAAAACAAUUCAGGUCCUCCAAGGAGAAACCGAGCUUAUGCUCCCAGAAGACAGCCUCAUGGCCAACCUGCUGGAAAACAGUGGCAGAGAAGCCAGCCCGCUAGGCAACAGUGGCAGAAGAAAGACGCAGAAACUUGACAAUAGCAUUUUUGCAGCUCUAUUUUAUCGAACAUGUAUAUUGACGGAGAGUACGGUGGUCAAACAAAAGUGUGACAACUCAUUAGAAAGCAGAGUGAGUUCGUGCCA